CAAACGAGGUGGCAAAUUGCAAAAUAGACUUUCCAAGCAUUGUCUGAUUGACUAGCCAUUGCACCAGUAGUUGAAAUUACAACGUGCAACUGUGCAAGUGAUAUUGGCCAAUCGUAUUUAUCUUAUCCGAAAACAAAAAUAAAGAACAAAUAGUAAACAAUUUCUGGUAAUCAAGUACUGCUACUCCUUUGUUGAUCUCGCGCGCAAACUUUAAAGGAGAGAUAGAACUGGUACCUGCAUGUUAAAAAAUCUGGAAGCAAGUUAAAAGAUGAAGCAUAUAACGGGUGCUGAUCUGCCAGCUGCCAGGCAUGACUAAAGUUUCGGGAGGCCAAAGGAUUCCCUCAAGAAAACUUCACCUGUUGGAUGAAUUGUACGGUUCUUUUUCGAAGAAUUGCUGUAUGCUGCCAUGCAAAAGCUGGGAGUGUUUUGCCAGGCUGUCUCUUCGAGUUCUGGUGGGCAACCUCACAGGCAUCUAAUAAGAGCAAUUCAAAUUGUUUCCAAUCCAUUAUUAGAGAGGAAAAUUGCAGAAUUAUGUGCUAUGAAUCCAAGAUUUUCAUGUAGACAUACAGAUUUGGUCCUAUCGACCCCAAAUAGCACGAUUCGAUCUAUAAAAACCAAGGCUGCAACUAGUGAAAAUGAUGAAGAAUUAUCUGAUGAAGAUGAUGAGCUUUGCCCUGUUGAUUGUGUGAAGGAAUUCCAAACCAAUGAAGAAUUCUUCCAAAUCCUUGAAAAGGCCGAGAAAACAAAUACUUUAGUUGUUGUAGACUUCUACCGGACUUCUUGUGGCAGUUGCAAGUACAUAGAGCAAGGUUUUGCUAAAUUAUGCAAGGGAUCUGGUGAUCAAGAGGCACCAGUUAUAUUCUUGAAGCACAAUGUAAUAAAUGAAUAUGAUGACGAAUCUGAGGUUGCUGAACGACUGCGAAUAAGGUCAGUGCCCCUUUUCCACUUUUACAAGAAUGGAACGCUGUUGGAGGCCUUUGCAACCAGAGACAAAGAAAGGAUACUGGCAGCCAUUCUUAAAUACACCAGUGCGCCUAGUGAAGAUGCUUUAGCUAAUCUGGGUAGGCUCUGAAAACAUACUUUCACAUGUGCAUAUUGGUAUCCAUAUCUGGGCACAAGAAGACUCCUAUACUUUUCUUGUUACCCGCUACAGCUGCAACAUUAUAUUUCAGAGUCUUGUAUUUGUAAGGUAAAUAGUGUAGGAGGCAAAGUGAAUCUCUAAUCUACUUGCGUAUUCUGCCUGGAAAAUAAAGCAACAGCCUAUUUGUUCUGCUAUGCCUGUGGUUGCAUUCUGCCUAGGCAAAUACACUUGUCUUUAGAGGAACUUGAGCUUGACGAUGCGAAUGAAAGAAGCACUUGAAGGGAAAAUAAUAGUGAAAAAAAGCCCCCCAAGAUAUCUGAAACUCAGAUGAUUUAGUUGAUCAUGAAAUUCAUUUCAGUUAACAGAAUCCAUUCUCACCGCAGAGAAGAUCCUUUCUCUCUUGGGGAACAAAAAGGAAAAAGAAAAGCAUAUCUUAAGAUGACACAUUCCAGAAAACGUUGGUAGAUGGUGUCUGGGAAUAGUAGGGUCCUUUGAUGUCACGGGACCGCAUCCGACAUGCCGAAGGACUUUCAAACUAUCAACAAAAGCUCCACUCAUAACCAAUUGGUUUUGAGUUGGAUGAAUAGGUGCUCACUUGAUAUUUACUAAGAAGUUCCGGUGGAGGUGCUAAUGAUAGGAAGCUGUUUUAUCUGAGGUAGGGGAAGAGGAAAUGAACCUCUGCAUACCGUUGAGAAGAUCUUCCUUAUUUGGGACUGAAUUAUGAGCAUCUUCUCAACCAGUAUAUAUCUGCUUAGUCUUUUGAGAAGUUUCCACGGGAAAUAUUAAAGAGACUCUAAACACGUUUUGAAGACAUUGGCCGUUGUUCCUGAUGAAAAUCAUUAUAUGUGUAUAACAUCAAACAUCUGAACAAGUUGCUUCAGAUUAAUUUAAAGACUAGUUGUACUCCAGCAUAAACUGCGGGAGACAUCUUAUUCUUGCCAGACUUCAUAUCUGGAGGCAGAGAAAAGAACUGCAGCACCUGUCUCACUAGAAUGAUUUACUAAA